AUUGCAGCAGCAACUGUCUGACACAUCUGGACUGGAGAGGGGGGGAGGCCUGGCUGUAGUGUUAGCGAAGUACUGAGGGGAAUGGACAAGGUUCAAUGUUAAUCUGCAAGACGGCCGCCGACAAACUGGAGAAACAUAUCCAAGAAAUGGACGACGGCAGCUACAUCGAGUUCGAUGUGCCGGAGUUCAGCAACACUGUUCUGACUCAGCUCAAUGAGCUGCGGCUGCAAGGAAAGCUGUGUGACAUCAUUGUUCACAUACAGGGCCAGCCUUUCCGAGCCCACAAGGCCGUGCUGGCAGCUAGUUCACCCUACUUUCGUGAUCACACAGCCCUCAGCACCAUGAGUGGCCUUUCCAUCUCGGUCAUCAAAAGCCCUGAGGUGUUCGAGCAGCUUCUUGCUUUCUGCUACACAGGUCACAUGUCCUUGCGAUUUAAGGAUAUCAUCAGUUUUCUCACGGCUGCCAGCUUUCUGCAGAUGCAGGCCAUCAUUGACAAAUGUACCCAAAUCCUGGAGAGCAUCCACUCAAAAAUCAGCAUCCCAGUUACUGUCUGCAGCCCAGAGAAGGACGACUUGCAGACCAGUCACAAUGGGGUCAAUGACAGCAACCUUUUUGUGAACCCUACCCAGAUCUCCCCCCCUUACUACUCCCGUCAGAGUCAGGCAGCACACGAAGCACGCUUUGAGCUGGCAGGGAAAAGCCUGGGUCGGCGGCGACAGCAGCUGGAGGAAGGCCAGUCAGACAGAGGCAGCAGUGAUAGUGUUUCCGAGCACGAUACCCCCAUGGAGGGUGAAACGGAGCAGGUGGAACUGAUUGGCAAAGAUGGGCAAGUAACAGAUGUGCAAGUGAAGAUAGAGAAGACGGACAGGCCCACCUACUCAGAUAGCUCCUCAGCCGGCGAUGAUGGCUACCAUACAGAGCUGGUGGAUGGAGAACAGGUAUUGGCUGUAAGUGUGGGUUCUUACGGCCCCGUCAUCCAGUCUGCUACCUAUUCUUACUCAGGGCUGACCUCCCCUUGCUUUGUCAACCUAAGCAACUCCAGUCCUUCCCGCUCCAUCCUCAGUGGAUUUAGAGGUGGGAGAGCCAGGGCAAAGCGCCCCCUGGCCAUCCCAGCAGCAGUGCUGAGUCAUAUCAAACCAGGCUCUGAUGACAGCGAAUCAGCAGUUGGAGCUGCAGGAUUGGAGAAUGAUGUGCGAGAGCGAAGCCUGCGGAGCCAGUGGUACCCCUACAAUGAGAGACUCAUUUGCAUCUACUGUGGAAAGACCUUCAACCAGAAGGGGAGUCUGGAUCGACACAUGCGCCUGCACAUGGGAAUCACCCCGUUCGUUUGUAAGUUUUGCGGCAAGAAGUACACAAGGAAAGACCAGCUUGAGUACCACAUCCGUGGCCACACGGACAACAAGCCCUUCCACUGUCAGAUCUGUGGCAAAUGCUUCCCAUUUCAGGGCACCCUUAACCAGCACCUGAGGAAGAAGCACAUGGGAGUGUCAGAGGGCAGUAAUCACUUGGACUCUCCAGAGAGGACGGAGGGAAGCUCAGUUCAGAAGGACCAAGAAGAUACGUCUGAGGGGAUGGCCUUUGAGGCACAAUAUGCAGAAGAGGCACCAGCCGAUGAUAUGGAGGAGAAUUCAAAAUGCAGUCCAGAGGAGGCGCAAGCAUCAAGAUGUGAUUUUUAGGUCCUGCUUCAGGUUAAGGAAGCUUUAAGAAAUGUUUAUUUUAACUCAACUUAAAGGACUUUUUUGCUUUUCGAAUCAGCUCCCUCCACUAUAGACAUUUCUUCAAGGGUUUCUGUCAGUUUUGUGAACGUUAGCUGUUAAAUGCAGAGAGCAAAUGGGUGCUUUUUAGAAAUUUGAUUCUUUCAAGCAAAGGGAGUAACACCUUACUAUUUUAUCGGAGGUCCCAAUAAUCAAGACCCCCUGAUUGAUUUCUCUUUUUAUCUUUCCAUGUUUUUAAAAAACAUAUUUACAGAGUUAUAUAGGCAUGUUGCAAUAAUUGAUAAUGUGAAAGCUCUGGUAAGAUGCUCGUCAUAUCACCUUUUUACCUAACCUGUUUUUGCACAUGUGGCCACAGAAGGUCACUUACUCACAAGGAAUGAUUUUUCUGCCAGUGCAAAGCUUCGUGUGACAUAUCCGUUCAAUACCUCAUGAUACGACUACAUACUCAUAACAGACAGUAUUUUAACUUAAAUGAAACUCACCAGGUUCUACCUCAUAUCCAAGAACCUACCAGGCACAGAAGUGUUCACAGUUUGAAAUCCGUUUUUGGUUGUUUGUACAUUAUCUUAUUGCCAAACUAUGUAAAGUUUAUUCUCUCAACACAAAGCCUUGAUACUUAGGGGAAAUAUUCCUUGCUGAUUGUAUGGAUUAGGGACAAAGUCCUUGUCAAAUGUUUCAUGGUCAGCCAGGUUAAAAUGUAAAUUAAGAAGGUGCUAAGUUAGGAGUGCAUUAAAUUUGCUAGCUUUCGUCUAUGUUUUCUUCCACAGAGAAUAGAGUGAGAAAAUGACCCUGUAUACUCACAAGAAAAGAUUUUGCCGUCAAAGAACAUUUGGUUUUAGAGAAAACUUUUCUCAUCACUACUGGAUAUGUCACGCUGUUGGCCAAGCUGUGGUUUUAGAUGCUUUCACCCAUAAGAUGGAUGAGUAACGUCCAUACAGUGAAGUCAUUUGUACUCCUCUAUACUCUGACUUUUACUGAAUAACUGUAUGUGUAAACCGUUUUUGUCCUGAGGUAGUAUUCUAGGUUAAUACUCAGCAUCUGACAGAGACAAGAGAACUCAUUGAAAACUCAGCACAGUAGGAACAGCUUAAGAUCUGUUCACACAAAUCUAUUUAGGAUACGUCUGAAUAAUAUGCAAACAGAAAGAACAAAGGAAUCUCAGCCAUUCUGACAUGGUUUUUCUUCCAUCAUUUGAAGAGCUUAUGGUUUGUUUCCUUUUCUUUCAUUCUGUCCUGCCCUUUAUGGUGGGACAUUUGAUCUGUGAUCUUUAAUCUCUAUCGGUUUGGGGUCAAAAGCAGACUGGGAACAUGUUUUCCUCAUUUGUCAGUCCGACUCUAUGGUGUUGACAAAGACAUGUUUUAGCUGGAUUAAGGCUAAGAGGUAAAUUUCAUUUGUUGUAGCUGGUGAUCCAAAGUAUUGAUACACUUAGCAGAGUUUGUUGGUGGGAUCUUGGGUGCUGACCCAUUGAAUGAAAUGUGCAGAUUUUUGUCUUAAUUCUGGUGCAGCAGCGGAAGUAUCAGCGUCAGUACUUUAUCACAACAAUUUUCUUUCUCUGAGUACAAAACGUUAUGAACUUUGAUGAGACUCUGCAACCACAUGAAUGCUCAUGGCUUCAAGUCAUGCUCACGGCAACAUAAUUUUUUUAUCUAUACUGUUUGAACCAUGGGGAUCAGGGAUGGGGUGUUUUUAGUAUAUAUAGAGACUUGGUUUUAUUUCCAUUGUGAUUUCAAAUAAUCUACAUUCACCAUAAAUACAUAAAAGGCACUUAGAAGGCCUGAUGGGUUAUCCUGUCAUGUUAAGCUAUUUUCAAGCUUUGCUGGAUGGCCCCUUUCUUAUUUACCAGUUGGCUGCCUUUUUAAGUAGAGCACCUGCAAUAAGACUUUAUUUUGCCUCAUCUGGUCCGUGCUGAAUUGAAGUCAAACACAUAGUUUGAUUAUUUCAGUUUUCACAUUAUUUUCUACUUGGUGUGCAUUUGCUGGGAGAAUAUUAUUUCUUGUUGCUUAUUUCUAAGGUUACGUCAUGAUUGCAGUCCUUAUAUACCACUGAAUGUGCGGUCAACAUCUUCACUCAUUGGCGGUUAAGAUAGCAAACCAAACUUUGGGGGAUUUUGCAAAGAUCAGUAUAGCUAGCUCUUUGUUAUCUUUUUUUGUGCAAGAAUUCAUCACACAACACUUUUGUUGCCACAACCACACAGUCCGUUGACCUCCACAGUAACCUUUUAAUGAAUGUUUACUUAGUCAUGUUGAUUUCUGUCAGCCAGCGAUGUGAUGUACAGGUGUGACAGCCGAUCUGACCUCAACAAACUCAGUUGCGAGCUCAUCUGAAUCUUACUAUGAUAGUGGUUGCCCUAGAGAACGACAGAGAAGGAGUAUGAAAUACAUACCACCUUUUUGCAUUAUUAUCAGUGAUGUUUGUGAGUAAUAGGUACAAUCUGCUUCAACAAUUUUGUGCCAAGAGUUCACACCAAAGACUCAUCGGUGGUUUUUAAUUAUUGACUGUAUGAAAUGCUCAUUAAGAAGAUUAGGUUCUUGAUUUAAUGUAGGACUAAUCCAUUACUAUUUCAGAAGGAAUGUAUGCUUCCUAGCUAAUAACAAUCACUUGUAUACAAUUUGAACAACUUGCUACGAAGACAUUAAGCAGUAAAGUCAUUAAUAGCGUCAUAUAUUAAGCCAUAAAAAGCAAUUCAAAGUUGUGCAAUAGGUAUUAUAAUUGUCUAAAGCCAAUGUAAUCAAAAGAGAGAAACUUCACAAAAAGUGGCAUCUUUAACUUAGUGCCUUGCCACAAGCUUUACAUUUAGAAUCGGGCACUUAGAUUCCUGUGCCUCUCUUUUUUUUUUAACGGAUUGAAUAUAAACCGUUUAAUGAAAUAUGGCAACAUGAUUUGUUGUAAAGUGAUGCCAAGAAUGAUUAGAAAUUAAAUCAUACUGUAUCUGUCCAUUUGUAGUUUUUUUUUUUAAGCUCAAGUGCUGCCCCUCAUUGUGCUUCUGAACAUUUGAUUAGUUUUUUGUUAUCAGAUGAUGACUGGUUUUGAGGUUUAACUGCUUUUGUAGCAAUCAAUUACAAUCAAAUGAGGCAGACUUGUUCCCUAAAAAGCCAUUGCCCCUUGUUUAGAGACUAUACUGUAUCCCUCCUCUCUAUCAACUGAGGACAUUCUAAGCAAUGCACUGUAGUUUGGGGCAUUUCAAUGAAGGAAGGGGAUGCAUACGACACAUCUACUUCAUCUCUGUUCUCUGACCGUAUCUGGCAAGGGAACAGCUGCCUGGGUAUUUAGCAGAGAAAGAAACUGAACAUUUGUGGAAAAAUAAGCUUAUCCUCAUAUACUGUAGCUUAAUUGCACGUUGCUCAACCACAAAAUUGUAUAAACUUGCCAAUUGAUCAUUUCUGAACUUGAGUUUUCAUGUUUUUGUGUCAUCGAUUGUGCACUUACAGUUUUUCAUUGAUAGAUAAUACAAAUUCCAUCCGGGAAGUCUCGUUUAUAUCAUUUUGUUUACCCUUAAGGGACUCAGCUAUAAUGGCCUCAAUCACUUUGGUCGGGACCUUUUCCCCUUAAAUGGUGCUUUUAGACUAGUCAGAUUAUUAUUUUGUAUCAAAUGAGUAAACAAGUCCAUGUAAUCAUCAUAGGUGAAUGGAGGGGUAAUUGUUUAAUGCUUUUCAUGUACUAUAGUUACAUAUGAGAUAGUACACACUUGCAGAACCAACUGAACUUGACACACACACACACACACACACAAACACUCGAAUUGACUCUUUGUCAACUCUUUGUUCCACACCUCAGAGAGGAACAGGAGAUGCAUUAUGGGCCACAAGUAAUCAAAAUGAAGUGUUUACAGGGAAGGCUGUCGGACUACUUUUUGAAUUGCAGCUCGUCCUAUUCUUUUUUUAUAAUAAACUCACUUCAGGUAGUUUACAAACACUGAUACAGGCUUAGAAAAAAAUCUUAAGUCUUCCAUAGCUUUUCUGUCAGUUUCUGUCCACUGUGUAUGAUAAAAAAUUAAAAAAAGCAAUAACCUUUUUAAAAGCGGUCUAUUGGGAUCAUCAAGCCUAUUGAAAUAUUGGCCUGUCGUUUAUCAAACAAACUGAAUGUCAGGGAGCUGUUGAAUUGAAGACCAAGACAAUUUAAUAUAGGUUUUUUUUUAAAUAUUUUGGACAGGUUGACUUCCUCUCCAGAAAAUUACACUCAAAAGAACAACAGCAUUAAUGCUCACUGGUGUAUUUAAAGCUCAAUAAAAAAAAUAUAACAGUGGUUUCAGUAUACUGCAACAUAAGAACUGAGCGUGUGGUUUAGUCAUCCAACUCAGUGGCACUGUUCAGAGUUGCACCUCCAGCUGUGUCAAAGAAUGAAAGGGAUUUUGGGCUGCUUAGCCAAUGUUUAGGGGAAGGUUAUCUGUUGUCAUGUUUAAGGUUUAGGGUUCCCUUUGGCUCCUUGUGCAGUGAGACUGUAGUUGUAGUUGUUCAGGAUCAAAGGGGAAGUUUUCAGUCUUACUGUUGUUGCUUCUCCUUUUACAACUCUAAACUCUGCACUAUAACGUCUCUGGCUCAUAUGUAUUUGGUGACAAGGCAAAAAAAAAACUUAGAACUCAGGGUUUAUAGUGUUAAAAGUGGUCUCAUUGGACAUACAAGUUCAUGUCCGUAGUAAAAUUGUGCACUUCUCUUCAGGUGGGGAAACAAUCCUCAGUCAGUGGUUCCCAAACAUUCUGCCUCAAGGUGUCAAUGAGCCCAUAUUUUCCACGGAGCUGAAGCUCGAGGAGUACUGGAGAACCCGAAUCGAAAACAUGACAGCAGAAAUGCCACCAACUCCUGUUUUGUCCACUCUACACACAACCUCACAACCCAACUGUGAACCUCAGAACUCUACUGUUUUGUACAACUAUGAAGUAAAUGAAGCUAGCUAGAGCUGAUGUUGUAUCUAUUGCCAUUUAUGAAUUUAUUUUAUAGCAUGAAAUAAAAUAUAUUUAUUCAAAUUAUAUAUUUUACUCAUAAUCAUUCUGUGCUGCUUCAUUUUGGUUCUUAAGCUUGUAAAUUGCUUUUUUAUUAUGAAAAAAUGUCAAUAGAAAAAUGCGUUUGUAAAAUAAAGACGCUGAUUUGGCUCUGAUUUGUCA